AUGGCGGAUGUAUCCUCCGCUGCACUGGCGUACCACGAGCCUGCCAUUGUUACAAUUCUUAUCCAGUCAAGUUUUUUCAUCGCGCUGAAUCUAAUCAACUAUGUCCUCGAUCGCCUGGUGUACUGUGGCCUGGUCGGCCAAAUAUUCAUCGCCGUGCCCAUGGGCUUGUCCUUUUCUCUUAUCCGCCUGGUAUCUGCUACACCGUUGCAAGCGUUUGUUGCAGGAGCAGCAUUAAGCUCGACCAGCCUUGGAACCACAUUUACCAUCCUAACAACAAGUGGUCUGACAAAGACCAAGCUGGGAACGGUGCUUACGAGCGCUGCCAUGAUGGACGAUGUUGUGGGCCUUAUUUUGAUACAGGUCAUUUUGAACCUCUCUGGCUCUGGGGCUUCGGUUAGCGCCGUGACGAUUGUCCGGCCGCUUGCAGUCUCUCUCGGCUUUCUAGCAGUUCUACUCUUGGGCUGUAGGUUUAUUGUCAAACCAUUGACACGAAUCUUGCUUCAAAGUUGGCAGAAAGAUAGCCGCUCGUUCCUGAUUAUCCAAGCGCACGCCGAUCAUGUUGCUUUCCUUAUCCACACUGCAGUCCUUAUUGGACUAACGACAGGAGCAAUAUUUUCUGGAACUUCAGGGUUAUUUGCAGCGUACCUCGCAGGAGUACUAAUCAGUUGGUGGGAUUCGGAGUUCCUCACUCCCAACCCAAAUCCUCCAUCGAGAAACGAACAGCAAAAUGAAAAUCAACCGCAAGUCUCGCAAAAGAAUGAAGAAUCUCCCUGUGACGUAUCGGUUGUAUUAACGGAACCUAGAGCCACUGCGUCGAUUGGGUUUGCAAUCCCAAUAACUCGUAUGUUUCAAGGCGAAACUGUGUGGCGUGGAUUCGUUUAUACUGCAUUGAUGCUCAUUGGAAAAGCUGUGACCGGACUAUGGCUCGUUCGGUUCAAUGUAGGUAUACCCAGAAGCGGAAUUCUUCAAAACCUCCAACGCGUCUUGCCCGUUCGAUGCAAUGGCAAGCCGAAUGGCCCUAGGGAAACAACCUCGGCAGGAACGGAAAAUCAGGCAACGGGUUUGAGUCGUAAUAGAAAUGUAGAACGACAGAGCCUGACAGCUUCAAAAUCGAAAUGGUCGAAGCCCCGUUCGCUUUAUCCGGCGACGAUUGUGGGGAUGGCUAUGGUUGCUCGCGGAGAAAUAGGCAUGCUUAUUGCUUGCUUGGCUGAGAGCAAUGCCACCUUCAGCGAAUCCUCUAGUUCUGGCUCCUCCGAAACAAACGAUGUAUCGCAAUCCUUCCUUAUUGUCACCUGGGCGAUCCUGCUGUGUACGAUCAUCGGUCCUAUAUUUGUUGGGACAUUGGUUCGCAGGCUAAAUAGACUACAAAAGCGGCGGGAAGACGGUGGCCCUGACCCUCUAGGGCAAUGGGGCUUGCUGUAG